UCCGGAAAGGACACAGUGCUCUGUUCCUGCACGGGACAGCGCGGUCGCCGCCAGCGUCGCCUUUUCUUCUCUGCGGCACUGUCCGCCGCGGACCCUCGUCCUCCAGAAUCCCCGGGGUAGCAAGGAGAGGGUCAGAGGCGGAGCAGCCGCAGCGGCCAGCGGCGGCGGCGGCGGCGCGGCGACGCGAGGCAAGAAGAGAUGGAGUACCGCAACAAGAUGGUGCUCGCGCCCAUGGUCCGCGCGGGUACUCUGCCGUUUAGGCUAUUGGCUGCUGAAUAUGGCGCGGAUAUUACGUAUGGAGAAGAAAUAAUAGAUCAUAAGUUUGUGAACUGUCAACGUGUUAUAAAUGAAUCUCUUGGGACAACUGAUUUUGUGGAGAGAGGGACUGAUAGUGUUGUUUUCCGAACAUGCCCGCAAGAAAGGGACAAGGUUGUCUUUCAAAUCGGCACGUCAGAUGCUGUGAGAGCACUUAAAGCUGCUGAGAUUGUGUGUAAUGAUGUUGCUGCUAUAGAUAUCAACAUGGGCUGUCCAAAGGCUUUUUCUGUCAGUGGAGGAAUGGGUUCUGCAUUACUCUCCAAACCUGAGCUUAUACAUGAUAUUUUGACUACAUUGCGGAGGAACUUGAACACACCAGUGACAUGUAAAAUCCGUCUACUGAACACACGUCAGGACACUGUGGAGUUGGCACGCCGGAUUGAGAAAUGUGGUGUUCCAGCUCUGGCUGUCCAUGGAAGAAAGGUCAAAGACAGGCCAAGGGAUCCGGCUAAGUGGGAUGAGAUUGCUGAUGUUGUAUCCGCACUGUCAAUUCCAGUUAUAGCUAAUGGGAAUGUAUUUGAGUACGAAGAUUUUAAGAGAAUCAAAGAUGCUACAGGUGCCACAUCUGUAAUGGCUGCUAGAGGUGCCUUGUGGAAUGCCUCCAUUUUCUCUGCUAAAGGCAAAGUACCUUGGGAGGAUUUCAAAACAGAGUAUGUGAGAAAGACUAUUUUGUGGGACAACGAUAUUAAGAGCACAAAGACAACGCUAAGAGAAAUCAUAAUGCACUACAUUUGCCUUGAAGGGACUGAAGGGAAAGGUGUGAUAAAGUGUGGUUCGUCAGCAGAUGUAGCGAGACUUUACGGGGAAGAGGAUUACUAUAAUUUUGUUGUUUCAAAUAGGAAAUGAACAAAACAGGAUUUUGCUAACCUCUAUGUGACCCAGCUUCUGCUUGGAUCCCUCGGUUGGUUUUGUUUUAUGAAUGUUUUCUCCGGAGAUCUUUGCAUGAGUUUUGGAGAAAUUCACAUAUCACCAAAGAAGAGUGCAGUUUUGGCUUUUGCACUGUGCCAUCUUGGUAUCUGAUCAAGAUCAACUGAGGAUUCAUGGAUUCUUAUUUCGUGGGGUACAGUUUUGCACCGUGUUCUUAUAGGAUUUUUUUGACAACAAAGGCCGUUGAUUUAGACUGACAAGAAUCUAGAAGCAUUUUGAGAUACUGUAUUCUUUCCAUUACUGACAAAAUAUAUAAUCCAUGACUUGCUGAUAGACACCAUUUCUGUAAGCUUACAUAUAUUUUAGUUAUUCUGCCAAUCUGGAUCGCCUAAAGGCUGUGUCAUGUAUUAUUGAUGGAAAUCGUGUUAUUUGGGAAGUUCAAGACCUUAUUGUGUUACCUGACACUUGGGUUA